CGCCAUUUUCCGUCAACCUCAAUCAAGUUAGCUUCUGUCAGUCGCUGUGUUUGUGUGUUGUGAUAUGAAAAAUUAUUUGUACCGAUGAAUCUCAAUGGGAAAUCGUGCUAAUUACAUCGCCAAAAGAUGGCUCGGUUAUUGUUUUUGUGGUUUUAAUGCGACGUUCUACUAGUGAUGAUGGUCGAGUGAUUGAUAAAGUGAAGUGUUUUGUGUCGUAUGCUGGGCUGCCGCAGCAACAUUGAGCUCCUUUCUUUGGAUAAAUCGUCCCCAAGACGACGUCGGAUAAAAGGACUGGAAGGUGACACACCAUGUCGGCAAAAAACAUUCCGGGAGACAAGAUAAACCUGCGAUUAAUCCUCGUGUCUGGAAAAACAAAGGAGUUCGUGUUCAGCCCGGUGGACUCAGCCGGCGAUAUAGCAGUUCACGUUUACGACAACUGGCCUGAAGCGGACUGGGCGACAGAAUGCGUGUCGCGCGCGGAGAUCCUCCGGCUCAUAUACCAGGGCCGCUUCCUGCACAGCUCGGUGACGCUCGGCGCGCUCGGCCUGCCGCUCGGCCGGACCACCGUGAUGCACCUCGUGCCGCGCGAACACUUGCCCGAGCCGAAUUCACACGAUCAGCGACAAAAGAGUAAAGGUGGCUCGAGCAGUUGUUGUUCGGCUUCGUGCUGCAUAUUGUAA